CCCUACAUCAACAAUCGCCGCACACAGAACUCUGCGUCUCUUCUUUCUUCGCCAAUUCUUCUCCAUUCUUCAUUGUGUUUGAGCACAACAGCGAAAAUGGUUACGGCGAAGAAGACGAAGAAGACCCAUGAGAGCAUAAACAACAGGUUGGCCCUUGUCAUGAAGAGCGGCAAGUUCACUCUCGGUUACAAGACCGUCCUCCGAUCUCUCCGCUCCUCCAAAGGGAAGCUGAUCAUAAUCUCCAACAAUUGCCCCCCACUGCGCAAGUCCGAGAUUGAGUACUACGCGAUGCUUGCCAAGAUUGGAGUCCACCAUUACAACGGAAACAAUGUUGAUCUUGGGACAGCAUGUGGAAAGUAUUUUCGUGUGUCUUGCCUUAGCAUUGUUGAUCCAGGUGAUUCAGAUAUUAUCAAGUCACUCCCUGGUGGUCAGUGAGAGAUGCCUUUUGGUUAUAAUGCCCUCAAGUCCGAAAACCAUUAUAAUUGUCUUCUUAAGACGUUUGGUAGAGUUUUCCAACUUCUUCUGUUACUAGAAUACAACACUGCAUCCUUCCAUUAGCAAAAGUAAAAGUAGUUUUAUGUUAAUGAGCUUGGGGAGACCCUGAUCUUUACUUGCCCGACAUUGUUUCUGGAACUUGGUUUGAUGCA